CGCUCCAGAUACAGGAGAUCAUGACAGAGACCGAGAGCCGAGGGGUCGUGGAUAGCCUCCAGAGGUUUUCCUCGCUCCCUGCCUACCUGCCCACGAGCCUCCACAUCGCCGACGCGGAGGAGGCCUUCUUUCUUAAAGAGGCCAAGCAGGAUGUCACGAGGAACUCCAGUCUGCAGGCUCGCGUCGAGUCAUUCUUCAUCUACCGGGCCAGGAGCCCCCCGACCGUCAAUGCCAGCUACGGCCCGUUUUCGGCGGAGAAGACCAUCCCCAGGGAGCUCCUGCUGACCUCCACAGCCUUUGGAAACAUGGAGAAGUUUCCCUUCAACUGGAAGCUCAAGUCUCACCUCCUCGACAGCUCCAUCUACUCCAACAGACCCAAGGUGCAGACCCUGUUCUACGUCACCGGGAUGCAGUGGGGGGACGAUGACCCCGAGGAGGACCUGCCGUGCGUCAAGAUGUUCGCCUUCCCUGAGGCCAGAGAGGUGGCGGCCAGCUGCCGGCUGCAGGGGGCCCCGGGGCUGUGCGUUGCCGAGCUGGAGCUGCUGCCCGAGUGGUUCAGCUCCGGGCUGGACCUGGAGCCCGAGGAGGAGAUCCCGGCCCUGCUGGGGGGCACCACCAUGGAGCUCUUCUUCUCGCUGUACCCGGCCGACCAGGCCGGCCAGUGCCCGCUGGAGGAGGACGGCAAGUGGGAGACCAACAUCCACUCCGGCCAGGACGGCCCCCAGCAGGUGUCUCCAGCCCGGGAGAGGAUCGGGAGUGUGGUGGUCUUCCCGACUCAGGACGACCUCAAGUGGUCCCUGCUGAGCCUGGACGAGAACGUCGUCAUCUCCGUGCCCCUGAACCUCGUCCGGGAAGGGGACACGGCCACCUUUUUGGUCUCCCUGACCAGUGGCUCUGUGGCAGACCAGUUCACCCUCAGAAUUAAGGCAGCGGCAGGUGUGAAGAUAGCGGCCGUGCGGGUCACCAGCGAGCAGCAGUGGGCGGUCCAGGAGGAAAUAGACAGCAGCGGGGCUCAGACGACGGCCACGCUCACCUGCGUGGGCCACCACCCGGACCCACAGGACAGAGUGAAUGGCUCCAUCUACGAGAUCUUACAAGUGGACUUUGGGGUUGACAACAGCAGCGGCCUGGCCGGCGCCCAGCCCAUCACCUGGCAGGUGGAGUACCCAGUGGAGGACUCCAUGAGCGAGCUGGCCGUCUCUGAGAUCUUCGUCAGCGAGACGUCCUUCGUGGGCAUUGUCCCUCUUGCGAUGGACACGGAGGUGCUGAACACGGCCGUCCUCACCGGGAAGGCGGUCUCGGUUCCCGUCAAGGUCGUGGCCGUUCAGGAGGACGGCUCCGUGGUGGACGUGUCCGAGGCCGUGGACUGCAGGUCUGCAGAUGAAGACGUCAUCAAGGUUUCCAACCACUGCGAUUCCAUUUUUGUGAACGGGAAGGAGAUGAAGAGCCAAGUGCACACGAUCGUGAACUUCACCCACAAGCACUUCACCUCUCAGCUGGAAGUCACCGUGUGGGCACCCAGGCUCCCCCUGCAGAUCGAGAUCUCAGACACGGAGCUGAGCCAGAUCAAGGGCUGGCGGGUCCCCGUGGCAUCCAACAGAAGGCCCACCCGGGAGAGCGAGGACGAGGAGGACGAGGAGAAGAGGGGGCGGGGCUGCUCCCUGCAGUACCAGCACGCCACGGCGCGCGUGCUCACCCAGUUCGUGGCCGAGGCGCCCGACGCGGGCCAGCUGAGCUACCUGCUGGGCCCCGACUGGCAGUUUGACAUCACGGACCUGGUGGUGGAUUUCAUGAAGGUGGAGGAGCCGCGGAUCGCGCAGCUACAGGGCGGCAGGACCCUGGUGGGCCGGGAGCCGGGGAUAACGACCGUGCAGGUGCUCUCCCCGCUCUCUGACUCCAUCCUGGCUGAGAAGACAGUGAUCGUCCUGGAUGACCGUGUCACCAUCGCCGACCUGGGCAUGCAGCUGGUGGCUGGCUUGUCUCUUGCCCUGAAGCCUCACAGAGUGGACAGAAGAGCCAUCGUCUCGAUGGUGGCUGCCCAGGACGUUCUCCAAGCCCCACAGCAGGAAGCAAUAGUCAGUUCUUGGAUUUUGUUCAGUGAUGGUUCGGUGACACCCUUAGACAUUUAUGAUCCCAAGGAUUUUUCAGUUACUGUGUCAUCAUUGGAUGAAAUGGUGGUGUCUGUCCAGGCAAACCUUCAGUCCAAAUGGCCGGUUGUGGUUGCAGAGGGUGAAGGGCAAGGUCCCUUGAUUAAAUUAGAAAUGAUGAUUAGUGAGCCCUGUCAGAAGACCAAGAGGAAGAGUGUUCUUGCCGUGGGUAAAGGAAAUAUCAAGGUCAAAUUUGAACCAAAUGUUGAUGAGCACCUCGGAGGCACCAACGAUAUCGAGGGCAUCGGUCGGGAAUAUAAAGACCACUUCAGUAAUUCCAUAGAGCGGGAAGGAAACCAGGAGAGAGCAGUUCAGGAGUGGUUCCAACAUGGUGCCUCUGUUGGCCAAGAGGAACGUAGCAACAAAAGCACAACCCCACAGUACUCCCUGGAAGGAAAGGAUAAGAAGCUACUCAAGAGUGGCGGUCCAGACACCUUCACAAGCUUCCCCACUCAAGGGAAGUUACCGGAACCCAACAAUCCCAGUGACCUUACAGUGACCUCAAGGGGCUUAACUGACUUGGAGAUCGGCAUGUACGCUCUGCUCUGUGUCUUCUGCCUGGCCAUUUUGGUCUUCUUAAUCAACUGUGUGGCAUUUGCUUGGAAAUACAGACACAAAAGAUUCGCUGUGAGCGAACAAGGCAACAUCCCCCAUUCCCACGACUGGGUCUGGCUUGGGAAUGAAGUAGAACUUCUGGAAAACCCCGUGGACAUCACCCUCCCUUCGGAGGAAUGCACAACCAUGAUAGACAGGGGGCUGCAGUUCGAGGAGAGGAACUUCCUUCUCAACGGCGGCUCCCAGAAGACUUUCCAUAGUCAACUACUCAGACCCUCUGACUAUGUCUAUGACAAAGACAUUAAAAGCGAGCCUAUAAACCCAUCGGGCCCAAAGAGGAAGAGAGUCAAGUUUACUUCCUACACCACCAUCCUCCCGGAGGACGGCGGCCCAUACACCAACUCCAUCCUGUUUGACAGUGAGGAUAACAUCAAGUGGGUGUGUCAGGACACCGGGCUGGGGGGCCCCCGGGACCUUAGAGACUAUAUGGAAAGGCUGCAAGACCAGAUGUGAACUCCUUUCUUACGUUUGUAUUCACCUUUAUGCCUUCUGUUUUUUGAACGGUGGAGCAGUGAGUUUGUUCAGCAAUAGGGGAUGAUUUAACAAAAUUUAAUUUGUGGAGGUCUGGGAGGGAUCCUUUUAUGAGCAGGUGUCAGAGUCCUGGAGAGCUAUAGCAGCCAGGUGAUAAGCCAGGAAAUAUCUCUAAAGCGGCCACAUGUAGAUCCUGGAGAAAUCCUAAGACAACAGUUGUAUCUGCUGCCUGGUACUAGCUCAGUUCAAAUACAAUAAUCCUGACCCCACAGACGUUGUUAGUCAUCUCGUGACAAACGGCCGUGUGGAUUUAGAAAAGGCUUGGGUGUUGAUUUUUCUAUUCCUAGAACUUUUAAAGCACAGUGGACAUUCCUUGCCCUUGGCCUGAGCUUGGACGUACCUGAAAGAUGCCGAAUGUAGCCGCCCUUAUUUGUUAUGAGCGCUGCUCAUUAUUUUUAUAUACAUUUGCACCUGCACCUGGUUUCCUUUGGCCUCUGGAAUUCUUUUUGAAACGUGAAGAAAAGCAGUUGUGGUCUUCUCUCUGAGAUGUUUGAUUUAUACAUGCGUUUGAGUCGCUGACGUUUGCCGCGUCCAUUCAGGACGUCAGGUGUCCUCCAGUUUUCCACACUCCUUCCCUAAGGGGCCAUAUCUGAGACACUUAUCCUCAUGCUGUCCUUCCUUCUCUUUGUCGUGAAGCUUCCUUGUAUCAGGACUGGGGACAUGGGGUUUUACAUAAAACAUUAAUAUACUGUGAGGGAGGGCCAUCUCUUUACAGUUUUCUAUAUGAAGCUUAAAAACUUUGGUGAA